GGUGACCGUGACCAAUACAAAACAAAGAGAGAGAGAGAGAGAGAGAGAGAGAGAGAGAGAGGAGCUUUUUGGGAGAGAAAAAUGUCGCAAGCAGAGGAAGACAAGAAGCCCAGCGGCGAUCAAGUUCACAUCAAUCUCAAAGUCAAAGGCCAGGAUGGGAAUGAGGUCUUUUUCAGAAUCAAAAGAAGCACUCAGCUAAAAAAACUGAUGAAUGCUUAUUGUGACAGGCAGUCAGUUGAUUUCAAUUCAAUUGCCUUCUUGUUUGAUGGUCGUCGUCUUCGUGGGGAGCAGACUCCGGAUGAGCUGGAGAUGGAAGAUGGUGAUGAAAUUGAUGCAAUGUUGCAUCAAACUGGAGGCACAACUCUCUGAAUCUUCUCCCCUUUGUUAAUGGACAUAUUAGUAUGUGUUUUCAUGAUUCUGAACUUUAAUGGGACGGGGUUUUGUAACUCUACGACCCAUAUAAUGUAAUGAAUAUGACCUUGCUUACUUAACUUGCUCCAACUAGGUUGAACUUUAUCUUACUGUUCUCCUACAAGAAAAUCAUGAAAUCCGUCUCCUUUUAGCUUUCUCUAUCACUAGUUGGAAUAAUAGAAGUUGAGAUAUUUGUUUGUUA